UUAAAGGUCCAAAAUGAUGCUGGUCAGGAUGCUCAAGCUGAAGUUUUUCAUUCUUUGUCAACCAGACCUUAUCUAUGCACUGGUUAUGACAUCUACCUUGUUUGGGAGCCUUGUACAAUGUGUGCAAUGGCACUUCUUCAUCAAAGAAUUAGGCGAAUAUUUUAUGCUUUCCCAAACCCCAAUGCUGGUGCAUUAGGCAGCGUUCACAGAUUACAUGGGGAGAAAAGCUUAAAUCAUCAUUAUGCUGUGUUCAGGGUUGUGUUGCCUGACAAAGUCCUUAACACAACUCGACUAGCAAGUAGUACUGACAAUGACGAAAAUCCUGAUGAUAAUAGAACAGCAAUGAGCAGGACGUGAUCUUCUUGAACAUCAGACUAAAACACCUCCUGUGCUUUGGGGUUAAUGGGUAAUCAAGAAAGCUCUUGCCUGAGCUUUGACCUUUAUUUUUGCUUUAUUGUUAAUGGCUUGAAAAUAUUCGCCGAUAGAUGUUUAAGGAGGCUGAGUUUUGAUGGUGGUUAUAUCGGCCAAUAGUUGCUAUUCUUGUAUAUUUAUUAGGAAAAA